CAAAUAAGGAAAUGACGUGCUGCAGAGCAGACGUGCGGGCUCUCAACAUGGUUCUCAAAUAGACGACUGAAACAGACUGACACCGACACCGGGACCGGGUUUGGGAGAGACAGAGGAGGGUGUGGGGACCACCUGGCGCUGACACAAUACGAGGAUGGGUGACAUAACAGAAGUUGAGACAAGAUUCUACUCCAAAGCAGAGGACUACUGGAGGGAGGUCCCCCCCACAGUGGAUGGCAUGCUGGGAGGCUACGGCAGCAUCUCCAGCAUCGAUAUCAAUGGAUCCAAGGCUUUCCUGCAGAAGUUCCUUGGUGAAGGGGAAGGGAAGACGAGCGCAGGCUGUGCCCUGGACUGCGGAGCGGGCAUCGGGAGGAUCACCAAACGUUUACUGCUGCCCCUGUUCAAGACCGUGGACCUAGUGGACGUGACGCAGGAGUUCCUGGACAAGGCCAAGACGUACCUGGGCGAGGAGGGCAAUAGAGUGGGGAGGUACCUUUGCAGCGGCCUGCAGGACUUUGUACCAGAAAGUGGACGCUAUGAUGUCAUCUGGAUCCAGUGGGUCAUCGGCCACCUGACAGACGACCACCUGGUGGACUUCCUGCGGCGUUGCCAGAAAGCCCUGCGGCCGAACGGCCUCGUCGUCAUCAAGGACAAUGUGGCGUACGAGGGCGUGGUCCCCGACGAGGUGGACAGCAGCGUCUGCCGCGACCUGGAAAUAGUUCACAGUCUGGUGGGCAGAGCGGGCCUCCGCAUCGUCCACGAGGAGCAACAGAUUAACUUCCCCAAGGAGAUCUACCAAGUCCACACACUGGCUCUCGGAAUGGGGCCGAGGGGGGGGGAUUUCUAAUGUGGAAAUGAUGGUUUUUCUAGUCAGCAUUUAAUAUCGGUUAGGAAAUGAUCUGCAGUGCGAUAUGUUUGUGGAACGUGUGUUGCUAACUCCAUGCAUCAGUCUUCUGCUCGGUUCUUAUUGCCGAGUCAUCUUUUUCUGGGCCACCAGGCUUACAGCUUUAGUGAGUCACUAUUUUAUAUUAAUGAACGUCGAUGAUCGUUGAUACAAAGCUAAUUAAGACUAUCAACUCUCUGUCCAUCAUGUUUUUUUUUUUAAUCCUCCGUGUCCUCCUUGGCUACAUUACACUUCUUUCUUACGAAUAUUUGCUCAGUCUCCCAUUUAAGAUAGACACAUUCUAGCAUGUAUUUCCUGUGUCAGGUUAAACUUUGGCUGUGUGGAUAUGCACAGCCGGCCACUAGACUCACUGAUGCGCUGUGUUUAGAAAUGGGGGGGGGGGGGUCAUUAUCCACGUGCUGCGCCAUCACCAAACUACAAACUACAGCAUCACUAUUACCAGACUAGUUUGUAGUUUGGCAUCGCUUUGCUUCAUAUUUAUUUAUUGCCCACGUUGGAGCUGUGACAGCGCCGGGCGGUUUCAUCGAACAGAAGGCCAAAGUGACCUCAGUCUUACCCCAGCGUCCUCUGGAUUCAGCUGCAGCUCCAUCUGGCUCCAUCGUCCACUGGAAGCGUUUCAGAAGCGGAGCAUCUUCAAGCAGUCUAUUCUUUAUAGGACACAUUUCCAAUGUUUAGAGUAUUUUAUGGACAUUUUUCAUGUUUUACAGAUUAUUGGCAACAUGUUUGCAGAUCAGUGUGGCUACAGAGACUUUGUUUACUGGUUUUAAUUAGGGAUGUCUCGAUCAACUCUCUUUUGGCCCAGAGUCCUUUUGAUAUUGGGUAUUGUCCAUACUGAAUUCGAUCUGAUACUAAUAUUUACAUAAAUGUCGAUUAAUGCCUCUGACAAAUUGGAGUAAUGAGAAGCUGUUACCUGAAUGUCUUGUGUACUGCUCUUUAUUAAUAUACUGUAAGAGGCUCUGUUAAUGGGCCAGUGUACUCCAUCAGAACUAGGCUUGGGCCGGUGUAAACAUGUUCAAACCGGUUUGAUUUUCAGCCAAACACCUGAAAUGUGACCUCCUUCACAGAAACACAGUGUUGUCAGACACUAGCUGCUCCUUUAUUUAAUUGAUUUAUAAACUAACAUAUGUUAA